AUGAUAAUGGAGUUCUUGCUGAUCGGAGCUGGCUUGGCCCUGGCUUAUCGAAGAAUUAAUGAAGCGGAACCGGCUGUUCAAACCCGCACAAAGCAGCCCGCUGGGAUUGAAACGAUGGAACGAGGCACCUUUCUGACCUACUGCUGCACACUCUGGUUCAACUGCUGCACCGUGGAGGGCAAGAGGAAACUGCAGCGGGUGUUGAGGGCAGCUGAGCGGGCAAUUGGCACUUCACUAAGUCCCCCCAGAAACAUCUAUACUGGCAGACUUCAGCAGAAAGCCACUAUCAUCAUCAAGAACCCCUCGCACCGUGGACAUUCACUUUUCCCACCCUUCCCUCUGGCUCUGUCAGUGCCUGCACCCGUAUCAGCUGCUCGAGUGGGGCCAUCAGCUGCCCAGCCGUUGUCUGUUCCGGCUUCCAGGGUGAUUGUGGCCGUGAACCAGUCUACUUCUGCACCCGCACCUACUCCUCGGGUGGGAGUGACUGGUGUCCUUUCUGCCUUUGCAUCCAUGCUGGUCCCCAGGGUGAGGUCAGCCAGGACACGGCCUACCUCUGCACCCGUACCUACUCCUCGGGUGGGAGUGGCUAGUGUCCAGCAGGUGCUUGCACCUGUUCCCGUCUCCCCUGGAGGCUCAGAGGUUCUUCAAAAGUGUCAGCUUAAACUCAAGUCUAAUCUGAAGAAGAAGUUCCAGUGUGUGUUUGAGGGGAUCGCUAAAGCAGGAAACCCAACCCUUCUGAAUCAGAUCUACACAGAGGUCUACAUCACAGAGGGAGGGACUGCAGAGGUCAAUGAUGAACAUGAGGUCAGACAGAUUGAAACAGCAUCCAGGAAACCAGACAGACCAGAAACAACCAUCAGACAAGAAGACAUCUUUAAAGCCUCACCUGGAAGAGAUGAACCAAUCAGAACAGUGCUGACAAAGGGAGUGGCUGGCAUUGGGAAAACGGUACUGACCCAGAAGUUCAGUCUUGACUGGGCUGAAGACAAAGCCAACCAGGACAUCCAGUUCAUAUUUCCAUUCACUUUCAGAGAGCUGAAUGUGCUGAAAGAGGAAAAGUUCAGCUUGGUGGAACUUGUUCAUCACUUCUUUACUGAAACCAAAGAAGCAGAAAUCUGCAGCUUUGAAGACUUCCAGGUUGUGUUCAUCUUUGAUGGUCUGGAUGAGUGUCGACUUCCUCUGGACUUCCACAAAACUACAAUCCUAACUGACCCUAGAAAGUCCACCUCAGUGGAAGUGCUGCUGAUAAACCUCAUCAGGGGGAAACUGCUUUCUUCUGCUCACCUCUGGAUAACCACACGACCUGCAGCAGCCAAUCAGAUCCCUCCACAGUGUGUUUCUAUGGUGACAGAGGUCAGAGGGUUCACUGACCCACAGAAGGAGGAGUACUUCAGGAAGAGAUUCAGAGAUGAGGAGCAGGCCAGCGGGAUCAUCUCCCACAUCAAGACAUCACCAAGCCUCCACAUCAUGUGCCACAUCCCAGUCUUCUGCUGGAUCACUGCUACAGUUCUGGAGGAUGUGUUAAAAAUGAGAAAGAGAGUACAACUGCCCAAGACUCUGACUGAGAUGUACAUCCACUUCUUGGUGGUUCAGGCUAAAGCGAAGAAGGUCAAGUAUGAUGGAGGAGCUGAGACAGAUCCACACUGGAGUCCAGAGAGCAGGAAGAUGAUUGAGUCUCUGGGAAAACUGGCUUUUGAUCAGCUGCAGAAGGGAAACCUGAUCUUCUAUGAAUCAGACCUGACAGAGUGUGGCAUCGAUAUCAGAACAGCCUCAGUGUACUCAGGAGUGUUCACACAGAUCUUUAAAGAGGAGAGAGGACUGUACCAGGACAAGGUGUUCUGCUUCAUCCAUCUGAGUGUUCAGGAGUUUCUGGCUGCUCUUCAUGUCCAUAUGAGCUUCAUCAAGUCUGGAGACAAUCUGCUGGAAGAACAACAAACAACCUCUAAGAAAUCUAAAUUAUUUGAAAAGAAAAACAAUGUAAAUUCUCUCCACCAGAGUGCUGUGAACAAGGCCUUACAGAGUCCAAAUGGACACCUGGACUUGUUCCUCCGCUUCCUCCUGGGUCUUUCACUGGACACCAAUCAGAGUCUCCUACGAGGUCUGCUGACACAGACAGGAAGUAGCUCACAGACCAAUAAGAAAACAGUCCAGUACAUUAAGAAGAAGCUCAGUGAGAAUCUGUCUGCAGAGAAAAGCAUUAAUCUGUUCCACUGUCUGAAUGAACUGAAUGAUCGUUCUCUAGUGGAGGAGAUCCAACAGUCCAUCAGAUCAAGAAGUCUGUCCACAGAUAAACUGUCUCCUGCUCAGUGGUCAGCUCUGGUCUUCAUCUUACUGUCAUCCGAAAAAGAUCUGGAUGUGUUUGACCUGCAGAAAUACUCUGCUUCAGAGGAGGCUCUUCUGAGGCUGCUGCCAGUGGUCAAAGCCUCCAACAAAGCUCUGCUGAAUGGCUGUUCCCUCUCAGAGAAGAGCUGCGAAACUCUCUCCUUAGUUCUAAGCUCCCAGUCUUCUAGUCUCAGAGAAGUGAACAUGAGUGACAACCACCUGCAGGACUCAGGCGUGAAGCUUCUGUCUGUUGGAUUGAAGAGUCCACAUUGUUCAGUGGAAACUCUAAGACUGAGUGGCUGUUCGCUCUCAAAGAGGAGCUGUGAAACUCUGUCCUUAGUUCUCAGCUCCCCGUCCUCUAGUCUCAGAGAAUUGGACCUGAGUAACAGUGACCUACAGGAUUCAGGAGUGAAGCUUCUGUCUGUUGGACUAAAGAGUCUACAUUGCAAACUUGGAAGUCUGAGACUGAGCAACUGCAACCUCUCAGAGAGAAGCUGUGAUGUUCUUUCCUCACUUAUAAGCUCACAGUCAUCUAGUCUGAGAGAGCUGGACCUAAGUAACAACAACCUACAGGAAUCAGGACUGAGGCUUCUGUCUGUUGGACUGAUGAGUCCACAUUGUACACUGGAAACUCUGAGACUUAGUCACUGCACCUUCACCGAGAGAAGCUGUGAAGCUCUCUCCUCAGUUAUCAGCUCCCAGUCCUCUGCUCUCAGAGAGCUGGACCUGAAUUUUAACUACCUACAGGAUUUAGGACUCAAGCAUCUGUCUGUAGGAGUAAAGAGUCCACAAUGCAAACUGGAAAGUCUGAGACUGAGUGGAUGUUUCCUGUCAGAGAGAAGCUGUCAAACUGUGUCCUCAAUCCUCACCUCGAAGUCCUCUAUGCUGAGAAAUUUAGACCUCAGUAUCAAUGACCUGCAGGAUAUGGCAGUGAAUCUCCUUUCUGCUGGACUGAAGAGUAUACAAUGUAAACUGAACAUUCUGAGACUGAGCCACUGUAACUUCUCAGAGAAAUCCUGUGAAGCACUAUUCCCUGUUCUCACCUCGCAGUCAUCUACUCUGAUUUUGUUAGAUCUGAGUAAUAAUGACCUGCAGGAUUCGGGAAUUAAGUUUCUCUCUGCUGGACUAAAGAAUCUAAACUGCAAAUUGGCAAGUCUCAGUCUGUCAGGCUGUCUGAUCACAGAGGAAGGCUGUACUUCUCUGGCCUCAGCUCUGAGCGCCAACCCCUCCCAUCUGAGAGAGCUGGACCUGAGCUACAAUCAUCCAGGUGACUCAGGAAUGAAGCUGCUGUUGGCUGGACUGAAGGAUCCAGGCUGGAGACUGGACACUCUCAGGGUGGAGCCUGCUGGAGUCCGAUGGUUGAGACCAGGUCUGAGGAAGUACUCCUGUCAACUCACAAUCGACAGAAACACAGUACACAGGAACCUCAAACUGUCUGACAACAAGAGGAAGGUGACACAUGUGGAGGAGGUUCAGUCAUAUCCUGAUCAUCCAGACAGAUUUGAUGUUUAUCAUCAGUUGCUGUGUAGAAAUGGUCUGACUGGUCGCUGUUACUGGGAGGUCGAAUGGAGAGGAGGCGUUUAUAUAUCAGUGAGUUACAGAAGAAUCAGAAGGAAAGGAAACAGUGAUGACUGUUUGUUUGGACUCAAUGAUCAGUCCUGGAGUCUGUGGGGUUCUAAUGGUGCUCCUCGGUCUGUCAGUCAUAGUAAAAGAUCAACACCCAUCUGCUCCUUCUCUUCCUCCUCCUCUGUCUCUGGCAGAGUAGCAGUGUAUGUGGACUGUCCUGCUGGCACUCUGUCCUUCUACAGAGUCUCCUCUGACACGCUGAUCCAUCUCCACACCUUCAACACCACAUUCACUCAAACUCUUUAUCCUGGGUUUACAGUCGGUCUUGAUUCCUCAGUGUCCCUGUGCUGAGUUGAGUAUAAAGAGUGUCCUCCUGUUAGAGAAACACUCUGACUGUUGAACAGAUAGUUCAGUCUGUACAUGUCUGUCUCUUUUACUCACAAACACGUUUUCAGAUUCAUGGAUUCAAUCAGUUGAUGUUUGAAACUCUUCUAAAUGAUUCCUUCUUCCUCUUCAGUCCUUUAAAGAUGGAAGCUCCCAUUAUUCCAGGAUCCACAUGUUGUUUUCUGUCUUUUUCCACUCAAAGCUUCACAGUGAAUAUCAGUAUGUUGUGUUUCUCUGAAGCGCAGUUCACAACCAGCUCCGCUGCAUUUUCAACAAGUGUGAGCUCAUUAAAAUGAAUCCAAAUGUUUGAUUUCUCUUUUCUUAAUGGGUCAAUUCCAUCAUGGCUG